AUGGGUGUCGAUUAUGCGCUAUUAUCUGAGUGGGAUUUUAACGCCUUGCGGCAGCUAUUCGAGAUAACUUUGUUGUCUAUUCCAGGAGCGGUGGUCUUCUGCGCCAUCGAUGGAUGUUCACGUUAUCCGAACGAGGAUGAACUGCAGGUCACACUGGAAUACUUACUCCGGGCCUGCCAAGCACAGUCUCCCUUCGCCCUCUACACAUAUCCCAGCAGAUACCAGAAGGCAUGA